AUGCCUGGACCAUGGGUUGAGAACGAUUCUGAACCAUCAGACCACUACACCACAAAAAUUGGUGGACUACUAGAUUGGUCAAUUCCACAGUUGCUCUCCUCAAAACCCCAUCUUCUUCAGUACGCUACAUGUGAAAAGGAUCUCUGUCUUGUGGCUCAAGUUUAUGCCCUGAUUUUUGGCAAAAUACAAAAGACUGUCAUUGCAUCAUCUCCUGUUGUUGGAUGGAAUAAUGAUAUAUGGAUGGAGGAGGAAAAUGAUGAAAAUGAUGAAGAUAUUGAUUUGGAGGAGCUGGGUAGGGUUCUUUUUGAAGCUGCAAGCAUGGCUUCUUUUUCCAAGAAGCGACACGCCAAGCCUACUGUGAAGUCUUCACCUUUGAGUCCUGGAACUAGGAAAGAACAGACCCAGAAAGCAAUAUCCAACGAGGAGGUUUAUGAGUAUAUGGGGGCAUGGAAUACUGACAGGACUUACUUCAGGUUCAGAAAAUGUCUAGAUGCAUACCUAGGCCAAUGUUUCAGAUACGCAUAUGGUGGGAAAGCCACUUCUGGCUAUGGAAGAGGUAGAAGACCCAGGGAGAUGCAGGCAUUGUGGCGGUUCAAUGCACUAUGA